AUGUCAACGCUGCACGUAAGCACCGCAGACGGGAACAUGUCCGCGAAUUACAUCUUUCCAUCAACGACUGUUCUAUUUCCCAAGCAUGUGAAAGAACAUCACCCUGAGGGCAAGGUGUCGAUAGUCGAACUAGCCGCCGACGCCGAAAACGUUGCGGAUACUCAAACGCUUCGUUCUCUUAAACGCAAAAACGAGGAUUCAAGGCUGGACACGUUCAGCAUGGGGGAAGGAUGUCAGAAGACAUUGAAGUUAGACAGCGAACUACGCGCAUCCAACGCUGCAUCCAUUUUCGACUGCGAGCCCAUUGCCCUACAUCUGCUGCAUGACUCCAUGCCAAGUCGGCACAGCAUAUACAGCCUAAUGCACAUCAAUGAUGUCACGAAUAUGCAUGCGAACUUGCCAUUUGAUAGCCCACGAAUAUCGGCUCCCUUGAAAUGUACUAUCCAGCUCCAUUCAGAGCAAUAUAAGGUCACAACGUCGGAGGCUUCAACAGCGAAAGUCCACAGUGAUAAUUCGUACCUUCAAAAAACACUGUGCGCGAUUAUUGUCGAGAAGGAGGUGGUGUUUGUCUUAGUAGCCGAAGCAUACGGACGAUCAAAAUCGAUUGACAUACACGGAGAAACGAAUCAGAAGUCUUACCCGACUCCAUCCAGCUGCAAAUAUGAAUCGUUAUCCGUAGGCGUCUUUGAAGAGUCUGAUGGAAACGGCAUGAAGCAAAAGCUGAAAAUCGGCAGUAAGACGAUGAACAUUCUGGUAACAAUGUCGGCUCCGUUGCGUUCACAAAAUGGACUUGACAUCGGACCAGAGACUUCAGCAUCGCCACAAGCAAUUCGCCCUUCAACAGCCAAGAUUUUUUAUCGUGACACCGAAAUUCAGCGCUAUCUUGAUAUAAUGCGGAAUCCGGGGAAUUAUGAUUUGCCAACGAAUGUGGUGUCCUUGCGGCAACUGGUUUCGGGUUUGCCGACGAAUCCACUUACCUGGCGGUACGAUGUGCUCAUGAAGCAUUUGACGCCGAAACCAUGA